AUGAGUGGACAAUCAACGGACUACCUGGGAACAAAGGAAAGAAUCGAAGAAGGAGGAAAAUUCAAGGAGCUGCUAGACAAAGCUUUGAACGUUGAUGCUAAGGACUUUGCUUUGUUACAUCUGCGUGGACGAUUUGCACAUUCCGUUGCCAGUCUUACUUGGAUAGAACGGAAGGCAGCCGCAGUGUUCUACAGUACACCUCCUUCAGCUACCUUUGAAGAAGCGUUGGAAGACUUCCUAGCUGCUUAUGAAAUCAAACCUGACUGGAUAGAAAAUUUGUUAUUCAUUGCACGUAUAUAUCAUGCUAAAGGUGACAAGGUAAGUGUUUUUCCAUGA